AUGUUAUCGAACAAGUCGGAGAAGGAAGAGUCUCCCUUCCAACCUCUACCCCCACUCUCCCAACGUCCAGAAUGGGGUAUGCUAUUGCCUGAAAGCUCUCCCCCAGGCUCGAUUGCCCGUCCUUUCUGUUUCUCUGCAUCUUAUGUCAGAGACAGUUCUCCUGUUGCUCAUGAUCGUUCUCCAGCUUCUGGUUCUGAUGCGCCUAAUUUGGUGGUCUCUGAUCGUGCUGAACCUGAUCAUGGUCAUUCAGCCUCUGGCCGUUUUCUCUAUGGACCAUUACGGGUUGGAAAUCCUCUUCGUGGUCGUCCACCCAAUCCACAUGAUCCGUACGAUAUGAACAAAUAUCACGCUAUCAAUGAGACUGCUCGUACAUCUUACCCUGUCGAUAGCGAUACCACCAUGAACAAUGGUCCUGCCAGCAAUCCUCCUCCAUAUAACUCUAGCUUCGUAAACGGUGCCCGCGGUGACAGUCCUCAUUACUCUCUCCGUCCCCGGCCCUUGGAAUGGAACCCAGCUUUUACAAAGGAUCAAACCUACCCUUCCUCAAUCGUACUACGACGCCAACUAAUUGCUUCUCCUAUUCCUGCUUCUACUACAGCUAUUGCGGGCAUUCCAGCUACUCACAUAGCUGUAGCUCCAGCUCCAGUUCCAGCUCCUGCAACUACUCGAGCUGCUCCAGUCACUCGAUCCACUCGAUUUCGAGCCAGUAAACAACUCGCCUCGGCUACCAACUCUCAAGCCACUAAAGCCACUCAAUCUACUCGAUCAUCUCGACCUCGAGCCAAGAAACAACCCACCUCAGCCUCUAAUUCUCGGGGCAAAAAACCCCCCGCUUCGGCUGCCAAAUCAGCUCAAAAGGAACAAAAGCAGAAUGAACCAUGGCAUGAUCGACUUGAGUACGGGAUCGACCGCCGUCCAAUGAAAGAGUCAGAACUCGCACAGGUCCGUCCUGGUUAUGGCACUCUUAUCCCCCGCAAAGAUUGUUUCAAAAACGCUCCUCCGGGUAGCGAGAAACCCGUCGAGUGCGGCAUGACAGAAUCGGAACUUGUUUGGACUCUCAGAGGAGCUAGAGGUGAUAAGCAACGUAGAUUUUAUAACAAACAUGCUACUGUACCAUUGAAAGACAGACUUAGAGCGACUGCGAGAUUGGAGGCAAGGCUUAAUAAGCAGAGGGAGGAAGGGAGACUUGCGGGCUAUCCGGCUACGAUGGCCAUAGAUGAUAGAUUCCCGAUCGUGGCUCCUGCUCCAGCUAUUACUCCAGCUGCUACUCCUGUUGCUUCCCCUGUUGUUGCCCUCGAAGUUGCUCCAGUCGUUGCUGGUAAUGCUGCAGAGUCCACUGAGGACCAAGAAAUGGCCGAUGACGAUUGA